CAUGUAUCACUGCACAGUUAAAGAGGGUCGGUGUAGUCGUUGUCUCGGUUCUGAUUUUUUUCCUACAUUUCGUAUUUGCCCAGUUCGGUUUUCAAUUGUGUGUAUAUGUCGCCUGCAACGUAGACGGAGUUGUGGUUCUGGUUGUUCAACAACACUUUUAAAUUUGAUUUCGAGUGUCUGGUCUCUCUGUUGGCGUCGCCCAGUGACAGUGUCGUAAGCACUCAUAUGUAGUGAGGUCACCGAACGGUUCUAACCAGGGAGUUUUUUUGCCAUCUACCCUCAAAAACGGCCGGCAGUUUUCAAGCGGUCGGAAGUGUUUUUGAGCAUAAAAGGUUUUCACUUAUCAAGCGGCCGGGGCGUUUGCGGCAAAAUAGCCCGGGCGGAUUCUAUCGAUUCGCACUGGAUAAAACGACGCAGGGGAGCCGGCAAAAGGGGCGCCCUUCUGAGGCGCCCGCCGCCUUGGUUUCUGGCGAUUUGGGGCGCCCAAAAAGGGGCGCGCAAAAAACGCGCCCAAAAUCAGAACAGCGAAACAGCAUGGCACGGCCGCGAUUUCGGAGCAUUUUGGGCGGCCGCGAAAGCGGCCGCCUUUUCGCCGGUUUCAGAGCCUGGGAAGCUUUGCAAAAAGCGCCGGCGUGAAAAAUAAAAACGCGAAAAAGAAAAAGCGCCCCAGACGCGCAAAGCCAAUCCGCAUGCUAUGGGCCCGAUUUUUCUUCGCUUUUUGGGCGCCCCCCGUGGCACCCGGAUCGGCCCCAUAGCAUGGGGGCUGGCUUUCGGGAAGGAAUUUCGGGAAUUUGCCAAAAUUUGCGAUGUUUCCCAAGUGGCCGCCAUACCGUGCGGCAUAACGUUACUCGCGGUGGUAUGGUGAGCCCAUAAAAAGCAAAGCCGCGGCCAAGGCUGCGGUCGGCAAAAAAACGCCCACGACCUCACUACCCCCGCCCCGGCGGCUAUAUUUGGUAAUUUCCUGGUUGUGCAGCUAUCGAAACUCGAAAGCGUACAAGGACGAUCUCCAUAGAAAUUACACAGUAAAAAUGUCUUUCCACCUUUCCCAGAUCGAUUUCGGAAUCGAUCCGGCCCGAAUCAAGCAAAACUACCGUCAGCAACUCGACAACGCGAAAAAUCUCUCGACAUCUGGGAGUAGCAAGCACGCCAGCGCUUCGAAGAACCCCACGCUUUUGGAGCACAGUGCGAUCGAAGAGGAGCGCGAAAGGAUAGCGAAUUUGGACCUGGAGAAAGUGGACCAAUGGCGCCAGGGGACCCCGAAUCUGCCGCAUUUCGCCGUCCCGGACUUCGACGCACUGCACAAGACCGGGCAAGGCUUGUUUUUUUCAAUAAGCGUGAUGUUUUUGAUGUCUUUACUAACUUCACAAUUUUGUUUUUGAUCAUGUAGAGCAGCUCGAUGUGCAUGACAGACUCCAUCUGUGUUGUCAAAUCUAUUACGCAUCACAACUUCCAACCAACAGGCACAGUCGAAAAGUGCGAUGGCGCAUGAUAAACGGGGUGCGGGUCGAAAACACCGAUGAGCCGGCGAGUUCCUCCAGUAUGAGCUUCGGCAGUUACGGGCAGUCUGUGAACAAGCCAGGUUGUGCCAGUCCUCUAACCGCGAGGUCUGCGGCCAAGAAGGCGACCAUCACGAAGGAGUUUGACGAGGGCGAAGGGGGACGAACGCCAAGAAUCCCAGAGCCGAAACUGAUGUCCUUUGAGAAGUUGACAAGAAGAGCGAAGUUCGACCAAAAGACGAGAUACGAGGGUAUUUUUAUCAUGAUGGGAACAUUUGAUGUUGCAGGAGCUGCUUGUAGUUGGCGGCAAGAUUCACCAGCUGCCUAUGGGCGCCGCUAUGGUGGAAAUUAUACCGCAACCUCAACCUCUCCAGGUAAAGUGUGCCGGUUUCGCGCUUUGAUGAAUGAUUGCUACACGACGAUGUACGAGCGGCGUCUGUUUUAUGGAUCUGUCAGGCUUGAAAUCGUCAAAGUUUAGAUAAUUUGUAAUGCAUAAAAUGCAUGACCCGAGGCACGUGUGUUGCAGAGCAGGCAAGUGAGGCCGAUUGUAAGCCUGUUUGGGGUUACAGCUCGAGCUGCUAAAGUAGCAGGAGAAAAUCGCUCGUCUUUGCCUAAACAGCAUGACAGAGUGGAUUUAGGGACCACCGAAAUUUGUCUUGCACCACUUGGAAACUGGGUUCCAACUGGCAUCCAUUUUAUGCAUGACAAAUUAUUUCAACUUUGUCGAUUUCAACUCUGACACAUCCAUAUGUUUCUGAUCAACUACUACCUGGAAAACGACUAUGGGAGUGUCAGGAUCGAAAUCGACAAAAUCGAAAAAUUUGUGAUGCAUAAAAUGUAGGGCACGCGACGCCUGUAUUGGGGGGCAGGCAAAUGAGACCGAUGGCAAGCCUGCAUAGGGGUAUACAAUGCGUUGCCAGAGUAGCAUGACAGGAGCAGUCUGCUUUGCCCAAACAGCAUGACAGACUGGAUUUUGGUGGUCCCGAAAUUUGUCAUGCGCCACUUGGAAACUGAGGCCCCAACUGGCAUCGAUUUUGUGCAUCACAAAUUUUUCGAUUUUGUCGAUUUCGAUUCUGACACUUCCAUAACGACACACUAUCCGUCCACGAAGUCGCUUCUGCUGAGAAAAAAGCGGGCUACUCCGGCCGGGAGCCGCAGGUGUGGUUCCGGAGGGGGAGGAUGAAAAAAUUUGCGGCGCGGGAUCGCGUGGAGCCGGGUCUGUUGCAGCCGUUGCAGGAUGAGGAUUGCGUGGAGCUGAGGGAUUUUUCGGUAAAAAAUAUGGAGUUUGUUUGUUGUUCAAUGUAAAGAUCCAUGUAUGGUAUGCCAAUCGAUUCAUGUUUUUUGCGUUUAUCUUGUCUUGUAUGUGCACGUGAAGCACUUCUUGCUUGACAAAUGGUUCUUGUCAAUCCUUUCAGGUAAACGCCCCGAUCAUUCUGAACUCGCAAGAAUUCUUCAUCUACGAUGCCUGUGCCUUCACCCGGGAGUUCUUCAAAACGCACUUGAACACGGAGUUAGCGGUGUUGGAGACAGAACACCUGGAGAAGGUCGUGCAACUUGACUCGCCAAAAGCAGGACGAGCCGAAGUUGCGGAGACUGAAAAGCCAGAGUCAGCAACUUCUAAUAGUAAUUGCAAAAAAGCUGCAAAAGAGCAGGAGGAGAAACCGAAGCCUGAGCCAGCGAACCGCUCUCCGGAUGAGUUGGCAAAGUUGCUGCACCGAUUAAUAGGAAAAUUGAGGAAGGCACAGAAAACGCUGCGGGAGGUACUACUUCUACUCGCUUGAAAAAUUUUUGUGCAAGGCAUACACAAUGCGUCGAUUCUGCGUUGCAAUUGGAAACGAUAGGAAGUCUUCCAGGUCGAUGAUCCGGGUGAGUAGAAGUUUGUCUUUGUGGUGCAAAAGAGUGUCAGCACUCUGUCUAAAUUACAAAAUUAUCAGACCUUCCGCUACUUUGACGCGGAGAAGGACCACGUGCUUUGUCUCAACGACUUCAAAAAGCUCCUCACCCACUACGGCUACGAUUUGUCGAAAGAGGACACCGGUUUUCUCUUCCGGUACUUCUGUUCGGAAAAGAAUGAAAACGCGGCUUCCUUUUCGGACUUCGUCGCGGCUGUGAGCGGGGAUAAGGACGUUGGGGGAACUGGCGGCGCAGGGGACAAGAAGUGGUAUGGGGAGGAGACAGAGCAGCCGACGAUUAUUUGAUAGUACAUCGGCAGGAACGACAGAAAAUAGAAAUUGAGAUUUGUUUUGGAAGAUGAAAAAGUAAAAGCCGUUCAUCGAUAUGGAUUCUGUAAUUGUAUGAUGUCCCGCUACAACAACUACCGAAAGUUUCAAGCCUACUUUUGGCGAUCAACUCUGCAAAUAUAAAGUCGAUUAUAAAAAAAGCAAAUUUAUUAAGAUAGCACAGGAGCCGCUGUAAAAUUAUCGAGAACGAUCCGAACUAGGACUGACCACAUGCGAUAGAUUUCAAAAGCUGGAACCAUGACGAAUGAGCAGAAGUGAAACUACGCGUUGCUGAUGACGAAGACCUUUGUGUAAAACGAAAGCCUCUUCAUGAGCAAAUUUGAAUGAUUAUUUUGAGUACCCGACGACCCUACAGAUAAAUCAC